AUGACGCGAGGAGCUGUUGUCAGUGUCUCUCAUGGCGGAGGUCCCAUGCCUGUUCUGGGAGACCCAGGCCAUGCCAGCAUCGUCAGAUCGCUCAAGAAACGGGUCCCCGAGAUCCUCAAGCUGGGAACACCAGAGGCACCAAGGGCCAUCGUUGUCGUAACAGCCCACUGGUCCGAGGCACAACCAACCAUCUCCUCUGGCAGCACACAUUCGCUCUACUACGACUACGGCGGGUUCCCGAGGGAGGCCUACCAGCUGAGAUACCCCGCGCCAGGGUCGCCCGAGGUCGCAGGCGAGGUCAGGCAGGCGCUCGAGGACGCCGGCCUGAAGCCCGUCCUGGACGAGAGGCGCGGCUGGGACCACGGCGUCUUCGUCCCCUUCAUGCUCAUCCACCCGGCCGCGGACGUGCCCAUCGUGCAGCUGUCGGUGCUCCGCAGCGAGGACCCGGGGGAGCACGUCCGCAUGGGCCGGGCGCUGCGGGGCCUGCGCGACUCGGGCGUGGCCGUCGUCGGCUCCGGGUUCGCGUCGCUGCACAACUUUGCGCUCAUGGGGCCGCUCAUGAGCGGGGGACCCGAGAAGGACGCGGAGGAGAGGGAGAAGAAGCUGGUGGGGUGGAGGACGUUCCCGAGGGCGUACGAUAUCCACCCGAGGCAUGGGGCCGAGCAUUUCAUGCCGCUGCUUGUUUGUGCCGGUGCAGGAGGGGACGAGAAGGCGGGAGCGUAUAAGGAUGAUUUUGUAGGGGUAGAUAUCUGGUCUUACUAUUGGUCAUGA